AUGGUGACAUACAGGAUUCAUCAGUACCAAGUGGUGGGGAGAGCUCUGCCGACGGAAACCGAGGAGCACCCGAAGAUCUACCGUAUGAAGCUCUGGGCCACCAAUGAAGUCCGUGCUAAGUCUAAGUUCUGGUAUUUUUUGAGGAAGCUUAAGAAGGUAAAGAAGAGUAACGGUCAGAUGCUCGCUAUCAAUGAGAUUUUUGAGAAGAACCCGACAACCAUCAAGAACUAUGGCAUUUGGUUGCGAUACCAAAGCAGAACUGGGUAUCAUAACAUGUACAAGGAGUACCGUGAUACCACUCUGAAUGGUGCUGUUGAGCAGAUGUACACUGAGAUGGCUUCUCGUCACAGGGUCCGUUCUCACUGUAUUCAAAUUAUUAAGACCGCCACUAUACCCGCAAAGCUUUGCAAGAGGGAGAGUACGAAACAAUUCCAUAACUCCAAGAUCAAGUUCCCCCUAGUGUUCAGGAAGGUGAGACCACCAAGCAGGAAGCUCAAGACAACCUACAAAGCAUCUCGACCCAACUUGUUUAUGUAA